UUUGUUUUUAAAGGGCGGUAAUCGAAGUUGAAAAAGAAAUUAUGGACGAUGUGGCCAGCAGUGAGGACGAAAAAGAGUCAGAUGCUGAGACAAGAGACGGAUUUCGACUUUGGUCAUUGAUAAAAAACGAUUGGCGAUUUUUACGGGACGAUUUUAUUUUACUACGACUAUUUGCAGUAUGUGGAAUGACAUUUUGUUUUGCCAUGUUUUUUCUGCAGAUUGGUACAUCACUUAGAUCAUAUGAGCUACUACAGCAAUAUAUAGAAGAGAGGGAAUCACAGUAUUCAUUUCUGGACUUUUACGAGAGUAAUGAGUAUUGGUCAUGGGACCCAGAUUUAUUUUUAUUGACGGUCAAUACAACAUUUUAUGCCCAUUGACAACUGUCCACCUUAGAAAUGUGAUUAUGAAUACAUUUUGUGCCCAUUUAGAUCUAAACAUGUGAUAUUAUAGUUGUCGGCCACUAAGUGGUUAAUACGUCAUAACGAUGUUACAUUAUGGCAGGAAGAAGGAGGAACUAGUCUUUUUAUCAAUCAUUUUGUCAAUCAUUAGCUUCAAAUUAUCAGUGCAGAUUGAAAGGAUGUCAGAUAUAUGAAAUUGAUGAUUAGAGAUCAUGUUUACAUUUAUAAGUAUAAUGAGUGAAAGAAAGCAGUUGUUUUAUUAUCAUGAAUUAUCAUAGUACUAAUGAAUUCAUUUCAAUAGAUAUUUGUUAUACAUGUAAUAUAAGAAUAUGAAUAUUUUUGUAAAAACUAUCUUGAAUCAAAUGAUUCCUUGAUAGCUCUUGAGAAUAUAUGCGAGACAGCAUAUACCAAAAGAAGUCACAUUGCAAAUUGAUUCAUCUCAUUAGAAAAUAGAUUCGAA